AUGGCGUCUCUUUUCAAGGAUCCGAACAAGCUGUCGGCUUAUAGGGACAGAAGGUUUCCAGGAACACAAGAAGAGUUCGAACAAGCUCUUAUGGACUCCACCACUCUUUAUAUUGGGAACAUGUCAUUUUAUACGACGGAGGAGCAAGUUUAUGAGUUGUUCUCUCGAGCUGGAGAAAUUAAGAAAAUUGUCAUGGGUUUGGAUAAGAACACAAAGACUCCUUGUGGGUUCUGCUUUGUUAUCAUUGCUCCAAUGGUAAUUAAACAAGUAAUGUUGAAAGUUCUGUCUGCCACACCACCUCUUCUACUUUCCUCGUCUAAAGGGAGUAAACUGGGUGACCACUCCUGUUUAAUGCCUCAUUUGGAUGGUAAGGUGGAUUUGGGCAUUGGAGUGGAGGCUAAUAUUUUGCUGGAUGGGUCUGACUCGGUGACAAGAUUAGUAGAUUAG